AUGGCCGCCGUCGUAAUCGAUGGAAGUGCCAUCUGACGUGGCAGUAAACAAAAAUCGUCGUUUUCGCGGUCGCGAAAAUAUUUUUCGCUAAUUUUUGAUAUCUCCUAUUAUUAAAUUAUCGUUUUUUGUUUACGACUUUAUGUUAAUUUAAAGUUCUAAGUAGUUCUGUUGGUGUUCAUGGGGUGCUGUCUUCCUCCGUGGAGUCUUGUGGAUUCGCGUAUUUUGCAGGGGUAAAACCACCCGCGUUCGGCGGACAAACCACUUAACGUCCCGGAUAAUCCGGGCCGAACCGGACGCCGAAUCAGGUUUCAAUCUUCGCACCAAAAAUGAGACAAAUUCGUCUCCUCCUGGGCAUCCUGGCCGUUGGCCUUCUUCCACUCGCCUGCAGCGAUGAGCAUAAUCACAACUAUGAAGAUAACGACGAAGUAGUAUUAUGGAUGAGCACAAUUGGACCGUAUCACAAUCGGCAAGAGACGUAUUCCUAUUUCUCUUUGCCUUUCUGCAAAGGUACGAAAGAAGUCAUCAAUCACUAUCACGAAACCUUAUCAGAAGCCUUGCAAGGCAUCGAGUUGAAGUUUAGUGGACUAGAAAUCGAAUUUAAAGCUGACAUCUCGAGAACUGAAUACUGCGAGGUCAUUCUGAACGAAGAAAGUCAGAAGCUCUUCAUUUAUGCUGUGAAAAAUCAGUAUUGGUACCAAAUGUACAUUGACAACUUACCAAUUUGGGGAGUUGUCGGCGAACAAGAAGAGAAAAACGGAGUAGUUUCGUACCAAAUUUUCACGCACAAAAAGUUCGAUAUCGGAUACAAUGGUAAGCAAAUCGUAGACGUUAAUUUGACAACGGACAACAAGAAAGAACUGAUACCUGGCCAGCAUAUAGCCUUCACUUAUGAAGUUAAUUGGAAAAAAAGCAGCACCAAAUUCGAGGACAGAUUCGACAAGUACCUGGAUCCCAACUUCUUCCAACACAGGAUUCAUUGGUUCAGCAUCUUCAACAGUUUCAUGAUGGUAAUUUUCCUUGUGGGAUUGGUAUCCAUGAUCUUGAUGCGAACCCUGAGAAAAGAUUAUGCGAGGUACAGCAAAGAUGAGGAAAUGGACGACAUGGAGAGAGAUUUGGGCGAUGAGUAUGGGUGGAAACAAGUUCACGGUGACGUCUUUCGACCUGCGAGUCAUCCUAUGUUGUUCUCGGCUCUCAUAGGAGCAGGUUAUCAGAUAACAGUAGUGGUUUUUAGCGUGAUAAUUUUCGCGAUAAUCGGAGAACUUUAUACAGAGCGAGGCUCGAUGUUGUCGACGGCGAUAUUCGUUUAUGCGGCAACUUCGCCGAUAAAUGGGUACGCCGGAGGCGGUUUGUACGCCCGGAUGGGAGGCCGAAUCUGGAUCAAGCAGAUGCUGCUCAGCGCGUUCAUGAUACCCGCACUGGUCUGCGGUACCGCCUUUUUCAUCAACUUCAUCGCCAUGUACUAUCACGCGAGUCGAGCGAUCCCCUUCGGAUCGAUGGUGGCGGUCACCUGCAUCUGCAUAUUUGUCAUUCUCCCGCUGACCUUGGUCGGGACGAUUCUCGGCAGAAAUCUGGCUGGCACGCCGGACGCCCCCUGCAGGGUCAACGCGGUCCCGAGGCCCAUUCCCGAAAAGAAGUGGUUCAUGGAACCUCUAGUGAUCAUCAUGCUGGGUGGAAUUCUGCCCUUUGGAUCCAUUUUCAUCGAAAUGUACUUCAUCUUCACGUCGUUUUGGGCGUAUAAGAUUUACUACGUUUAUGGCUUUAUGCUUUUAGUAUUUAUAAUUCUCAUGAUUGUCACAGUUUGUGUCACGAUUGUGUGCACCUACUUCUUGCUCAAUGCCGAGGACUACAGAUGGCAAUGGACGAGUUUCCUCGCAGCCGCUUCCACAUCGGGAUACGUGUAUCUCUAUUCAUUUUACUAUUUCUUCUUUAAAACAAAGAUGUACGGGCUCUUCCAAACAGCAUUCUACUUUGGUUACAUGGCCCUUUUCAGUUUGGCCCUGGGCAUUAUGUGCGGCACAGUUGGUUACAUGGGUACCAAUGCUUUCGUCCGCACGAUAUACUCGACCGUUAAAAUAGACUAAGCGCGUCCUUGACUUUGAUCAGUGUGUGUUUUUUAUUUUAUUUUAUUUUUUUCGUUUUUUCUCUCCAAAAACCACGCACUAGUUAAACGAUGAAAAAAAAAACGAUACUUAUCGCGCAAAAGCGUCGCGUUUCGAAUCUUUCUUUUUUUUUUCGAGACGGUUCGAUCCAAAUCGCAAUACCAUCUCCAGGAUCAAAUUUUUGAUGUACGACAUACGUAUUUUGGUCUUUUUUUUAACGACGAUAUGAAUUAUUGAUUUCCUGAUAAGAGAGGAUUUGCUCGCAAUCAACGAUCAUCACCAACUCACCUAGUCAAUUGUGUGCAAAAAAAAAAAAAAAAAAAAAACACGAGAUUGAUAU